AGAAUACCCUGUUUACGUGUCGAGACAGAAGGAGAAGCCGAGGGCAGAGGAACAUUUGAAAAGGGAAGAUGGUUCGGUGGUUUCACAGAGAUCUUUCAGGAUUAGAUGCAGAAGCCGUUUUGAAGAGCCGAGGAGUCCAUGGCAGCUUCCUGGCUCGACCAAGCAAGAAAAAUGUGGGCGAUUUCUCCCUUUCUGUUAGAGUUGGGGAGAUCAUCACCCACAUUAGGAUUCAAAACACAGGGGAUUAUUAUGACCUGUAUGGUGGGGAGAAGUUUGCCACAUUGGCAGAGUUAGUGGAGUACUACACUGGAGAUCAUGGAACCCUACAGGAUAAAGAUGGGACUGUUAUUGAGCUCAAAUACCCUUUAAACUGUUCCGAUCCCACCACAGAGAGAUGGUAUCAUGGCCAUUUGUCUGGUCCAAAUGCUGAGAAGUUGCUCCGGGAGCGCAAUGAGCCCGGGACGUUUCUGGUCAGAGAGUCACUUUCCAAACCGGGAGACUUUGUGCUUUCUGCACUCACCGAUGACCAGACCAGUUCUGGAAGGAGGGUCUCCCAUAUUAAGAUCAUGUGCAAUAAUGACCGCUACACCGUCGGUGGUAAAGACCAGUUUGAUAAUUUGACAGACCUUGUGGAGCAUUUCAAGCGUGUUGGUAUUGAGGAGUUGUCUGGCACAAUGGUUUAUCUCAAACAGCCCUAUUACUCGACGAGGCUGAACGCCGCUGAUAUUCAGAGCAGAGUAAAUCAGCUCGACCAGACCUCAGAGAGAGAGAAGAUGGACGGGGCCGAUAAAAAGAUUAAAGCCGGCUUCUGGGAAGAGUUUGAUG